AUGUGGUGGGUUGUACAUCGAAGGAAGAACAAGAAAAACUUACACCGUGAUUGCGAGACUAAGAGGAUAUGUGAGUUGGGGAAAGACUUGGAGGAGAUAUUAAAGGGCAGGCUAGAGACGAUCGAGGAAGAACCCGAAGUAGAAGAGCGAGAGCGGUUAGGAGAAUCGCAGAGGCCAGUGUUGGUUAAGGCUAAGAUGAAAGUGGAGAAAGGAAAGGCAAUAGUAAAAUCAAAAGUGAAGAGUGGGAAAGUGUUCUACAUGUUGUGUGUUAUUGGCUUAGCCUCUAAACGAGGUUUUCGUGAUCUUGUUCUUCACUAA